AUGGAAGAGCCGAGAUGGAAAUCGGAACUUAUUCUCCGUCAGCAACAAAUCGUCCAGCGCCUCCUCUAUUACCUCACCCUUGAUGAAUGGCUUCAAUUUGUCGGUGCCUUUCCCCAAUGGAAUUACAGUUUUCCCCAUGAAAUCAAUCUCGCGGAGAAUGGCUCUCCGCUCCUAUUUUUCCUUCUUCGUAGACAACUUACCCAGCGAAUUCAUUCACUUCGUCUCAUUAGCCCUGGUCCUGUUGUUAGAGGCGGUGCAAUAGGAGCUAUUUAUAAGUGCAUUCUAUCCAGUCCAAUGGCUUUCAGUCGCCUUCAACGUCUAGAUUUGAGCAUUCAAAUGCAACCGAUAGAUAAGUUGCUUGCAAUCUUUUCAACGCCAGCCUUUCCACAUCUACGCUAUCUCUCUGUUCGGCCAACAGAUCCAGAUUGUGAUAACAAGCCCUGCUACGUAGCGCCUCAAUGCCUCUUCGCACCACCUCAACUGGAAGUAAUGAAAUGUCAUCUAACGGAUUUUUAUGCCGACGAUAGGGAAGAAUAUAUUCCAGGCCUCCUACAGGUCAUUCAGAACUGUGUCCACCUUACGGUUUGUGAAAGAAUGAUUGGAGGUACCCCAUGGUCACAGUAUAUUCGACAAGUUGGUCCUUUUGGCAAUCUGGAAACCCUUCAAAUUGAUGAUAAGAGCGAAUUUCUGAAAACCCUUAAUGAAAUGUUCUUUAGCAAGGAAUGCUCAUAUUUCCCUAAGCUAAGAUUUGUAAAUAUAGGCACCAUUUCAAGAUUAGAGUCGACAACUAUUUUUGAUUAUAGCUUUCUUGGUCCAUUAGAGAUCUCCUUUACGGGGUUCGGUCAACCAAUAGAUCCAACUUGCGCCCUAUCAACAAAUGAGCCGAUUCAAAUCGGUCGGAGAGCUUUUGCAGGCAAAGGAGUAAUCAUGCUUGAGCUGAUAUUCCUUCCUGACAUUAGCAAUGUAUCCAGUUCAACAAAUUUGGCUUUCUUAGAUCAAUUCGGGCAUAUGAUUGAGACUCUGAUUAUCACUGUACAACAUAUUCAAAUUCCAAGCAAUUCUCUCGAAUAUUUUGGUUUCCUGAAACGACUUAAAACCCUCUGCCAUCUUUACCUCCUUUCGAUUUUAAAAUUUACUUCCAGAUCUCUGAAAGCCAUUGAAUUUCCUGCUGAAUUUGUCGAUCCCCGAGACGUUGACAGUGAAUUUGAAGCUCUCUUGGCAUAUCACCGAGGAUAUUUCACAACUACCAAAUCGGUAUCCAUUACAUCUCCCCCCUCAUUCCCUUUUUGUAACCGAACACUUUGGCACUCGUGCCACUGCCUUAACAACAUUCCUCACACCCAGCCUUAUAAGAAUCUCUGUGGACUCUUUCCAUCUCUCGAAGAAUUGGUCAUUACAUCUGAUAGCCACCUUGAUCCUGGGGAUUUACAGGACGUUGUCACGUUGUGUCCUGAAUUAAAACGCCUCUACAUUCAUCGAUGGCCGGUGUCUCUUGAGGCCUAUGCAAGUGCAAUUCAAGAAAUCCUCUCCGCCUGCAAUCUUGAGGUUCUUUGUCUCGUGGUCGAUUCCCUUCGAAUUCGCAGUGGGAAUUCGGAGCGUUUACUGUACCCACGAUCAUGGAGUCUAAAAUAUCUUUACAUCGACUGUAUCUACCAACCGUGCUUAAGCAAAGAAGAACUCAGCAGACUGGCUAAACGACUGCCGAAUGCAAAAUGGAUAACUAUUGCUAACAGAGAGACGUCCAGGUGUCUUGAGUUUCGACGAAGUAAAGCCGCUGAAACGAUAACUGAGAUGCGUCUUGAUUCUGGAAGACGUGGGCGAGAACCCAGAGCAUUCGCACCCGAACUAUUCGAUGUUGUGUGGAAAGAGGAGGAGAAGAUGAAGUAUUUCAUCGCUGAAUGGUGUCAUCGCUGUGAAGCAUAA